UGUUGUGCGUCGUUGCGUCGCCGAUGAAGGAGGCGUUGGCGCAUCGCACUGCUGCCGCUGGAGCUGCUGGAGCUGCUGCUGCUGCUGACACACAAACCGGCUGUCCUGCACUGAAAAGUGACUCACAACUGACACCGUUCACCAUCUUAACUGGAGGAAGUCGCUCUGAAGCUACAGUUGCACUUUAAGUGAUCUGUCACCAGAUUUCAAAAAUGAUCAAGAACGGACAUCACCACCACCAAGUGAACACAGCAGCCGGGAAAGACGCAGAGACGACCCCAGGCACUGCAUCUUGCAGUCCCGAGAAGAGGAGGCGAAGAAUCCGGGUGUGGUGCGAUGGCUGCUAUGACAUGGUCCAUUAUGGCCACUCCAACCAGCUGCGACAGGCCAAGGCCAUGGGAGAUUACCUCAUCGUUGGAGUACACACAGAUAGUGAGAUUGCGAAGCACAAGGGUCCGCCAGUCUUCACUCAGGCAGAAAGAUAUAAAAUGGUGCGGGCCAUAAAAUGGGUGGAUGAAGUUGUGGAAGGAGCGCCUUAUGUCACCACCCUCCAGACCCUCGACAAGUACAACUGUGACUUCUGUGUGCACGGAGAUGAUAUAACACUAACAGUGGAUGGGAAAGACACAUAUGAGGAGGUGAAGAAGUCAGGGCGGUACAGGGAGUGUAAGAGAACCCAGGGAGUUUCAACCACAGAUCUGGUUGGCAGAAUGCUACUGAUGACCAAAGCACAUCACAGCAACAUUGAUAGUUCAGACUAUCAGCAGCACACAGACAACUUUGGAAAGGGCUCACAUGGUCAGAAGGGCCACAGUCCCUGGACGGGGGUGUCUCAGUUCCUGCAGACUUCACAGAAGAUCAUCCAGUUUGCUUCAGGCCAGGAGCCUCAACCCGGAGACACCAUCAUCUAUGUGGCAGGAGCCUUUGACCUCUUCCACAUUGGCCAUGUGGACUUCCUGGAAGCAGUGCAUAAGCUCGCAGAAAAGCCAUACAUUAUAGUGGGGUUGCACUUUGAUCAGGAGGUGAACCGCUACAAAGGGAAAAACUACCCCAUCAUGAAUGUCCACGAGAGAACGCUCAGCGUCCUGGCUUGUCGAUAUGUGUCAGAAGUAGUGAUUGGUGCACCCUUUGCAGUCACAAAAGAUUUACUGGACCAUUUUAAGGUGGAUCUAGUAUGCCAUGGAAAGACAGAAAUAUAUCCUGACAAGGAUGGAUCCGACCCUUACGCUGAGCCGAGAAGGGAAGGAAUCCUGCGUACCGUUGACAGUGUCAACAGCCUCACUACAGAUGCCAUUGUGCAGAGGAUAAUCAAAAACAGGUUGCUAUUUGAAGCAAGGAACCAGAAGAAAGAGGCCAACGAGAUUGCUGUGAUCCAGGCCAUGAAGCGACAAGAGGAGGAAAAGACUAAAGAAAGAGCCCAGGCUGUGCUGUAGGAAGGCCCUAAAGAAGCACCAUCGACUUAGUGUCAAUAUAACACUGACAAGCUCAAUUAUUCUAAACUCAUGUACAGUAAAAUCAACCCUUUUAUAUGUGUUAUGACACCCUCCACACACAAACCUGGCUAAUGACAGCAGUGCUUAGAGCAGCCCAUUUAAAGCCAGGGCAGUAUAGUCUGCUGUGGGAUCAUCAGGUAUACAGUGUGUGUGUGUGUGUGUGUGUGUGUGUGUGUGUGUGUGUGUGUGUGUGUGUGUGUGUGUGUGUGUGUGUGUGUGUGUGUGUGUGUGUGUGUGUGUGCGCGCUGUGUGAGUGAGUGUGUGUCUGCUGUGGGAUCAUCAGCUAUACAGUGUGUGUGUGUGUGUGUAUGUGUGUGUGGGGGGGGGGUAUUAACAUAUUCAGCAUUAUGCAAAUAAUCAGUCAACAAUCAUACAUACAGACAAGGGAGAUAUCAUUAUGUCUUCAAAUGGCUUUGUCUUUGGAUAUUUUUAAUUCCUGAAGUAUUUAUUUUUGUUGCCUUCAAAAAUAUAGAUUUUUUAACUAUUAUCUUAGCGAGUGUGGGGACCUGAGAUGUCGGUCAGGCAUUAAACUGUAACAAGGAAAUGAUUUGAUUAGUCAUUUCCAUGGGGUUGUUGGUGCUUUCUUCCCAGCAAUAGAUGUCGCCCCACAACUGAUCUAUCCAUGUAUAUACUGUAUGUAAUGUAUCAUAAAGUGAUUACAGGCUCUCUGGAGGAUGCUAAAAACCAUUAGAGAAGUAGGAAAUCCCCCUGCUUCUCUGCAUGCAACUUGAAUUGUUUGGAUGUGUAAAGGUGUCGAAACUCUUUUGGGACCUCGUGUACAUAUCAGGCCUUACUCCAGACUGCACUGACUUCUCAAAAAGAACAGUGUUGUUUUACUAGAGCAGGGUUUUAACUAAAAAAAAAUGCACACUGUCAAGACCUGCACGCCCGGCAUUUUGAGUGCAGUUGUAUUUUUUUUUAAACCAACACUCCUUUAAGGUUUAUCCUAAUAUAAAGAACACUACAGAGCUUUAACAGACUGCUUUUAAGCUUAACUAUAGAACAAUGACACAUGCUCAGUGUUGUUGACUUGAUAAUGAAAUAGACCUUUUACUGUCACUGAACCCUUAAAAAUUAAGCGUCUGUCUCUAUGUCAAAUGGGAUUAAAUAUUUUUUUUGUAAAUGUAUAUUUUACUCACCUCCUCUCCAUUAACUACUGUAUAGAUCAUUUAAUGUUUUUAAAAAAGCAUAAUAAUAUGUCUGUAUGUCAAGUUGGAAUGUAUUCAGUGUAGGCUAUAAUGUAUAUGAUAUUGACAACUCCCAGUUGACAAACACUGUAGAAACUGAUUGGACCACAGUAUACUAUUGCUGAUAAUAAUACAAUUUUAAUCGGAAA